GAAGUCUUAUCGCCAAUGAUGGAUGAUUGGUAGGGCUUGAUGAAGUAUGAACACAGAGGACUGUCCCCAGAAAGAUUUACGGCACGAACCAUCAGCAAGGCUGGUGGAUAGAUGCAUACUUAAUCCACCACAAAGUCUCCGUGUACUCCCUCCUUCGAACGGUCGCGAUUAGGGGCAAUGUGACUCGAGCCUCAUCGUUCAAAUUUCCACAUUGGGCCACAUGGCCGCAGUUUAAAGGAUCUUGCCACAAAUGAAGACACUGUCAUACAUUAACCUAUUGACUUCGUGAUGAUGCCUUACUCAGCCACCAGAUUUCAAAUGUUUUUGGGGGCAUUUUGCUAAAACCAUAAUUGAAGCAGAGCCUCAUGCAAUUUCAUGCAAUUUGGCUUGCCAUUGCAGGGCUGCAAUCUUCUCAUUGGGAAGGUACUCGAGGAAUCCCCAAGCACAAAAGUGGUGGGUCUCCCAGAACUGGUUCGUUCAGUCUCUUGAAAAUUUAACUGAAUCAUAAUGGAUGGAAGAUUACUGACACCGUGGGAUCUAGACGUAUCAAGACCCAUGGGACAAUCGACCGGCGAUGAAACCUCACGUUGCUCCAGUCGUUUGGACUCGAUCAUGACCUCGUCGGCCAUCACUCCAAGUACUACUCCAACCAAACAAGCUGAUCGGUCCAUAAGCCACAGCCCAAGUAGCAAUACCUGUCGCGAUAAUCCUUGGAAUAAGAAAUAUAUCCUUACACUAGGUAUAACACAAAUCAAUCUUAACUCUACAGACCCAACUAAUCGAAGACAUACAGAUGGUGGGGGUGUGCGUGGCUUAUCCACUUUAUAUAUCAUCCAACAACUUAUGGUGCUUUGCAGCUCUUUCGAACAGAGCCAAGAUCCACUGGUCCAGUCAAGUUUCCAUCCACGUCAAUUUGAGGAAGGUCAAGGGUCAAAUGUCGGCAACGAAAAUUCGGGGAGCACCAAAUUUUUACCGGUUCAUUAUUUUGACUAUGUCGGUAAGGGAUUGUUACCUCUAUAACAUUAGCAGUCAUGGCCUAAUAUCUUUACAGCGGGUACAAGUACUGGAGGGUUGAUUGCUAUAAUGUUAAGCCGACUACGAAUGAACAUCGAUGACUGUAUCCGAGAAUACCAGGAUUUUGGAGAGAAAAUAUUUGGUCAACCACGAAAACUUUCAAUGCGGGGCCCCAUACCAUGGAACCGGGAAAAAUACGACCACCGCAAGCUCGAGGAGGUUAUAAAAGAUGUCGUCAAAAGGAGAGAUUGGAAACAAGAUCAGUUUACAGAUUCUGUUUUUUAUUCUAACCCAGAGCGCUGUCGAACGUAUGCCUCCAGAUUCUCUUUAGCUUUAUCGUACUAAUUUUCAAAGAAUCGUAUUUGCAGUCAGAGAAAAUGCAUCCGCUAAUGCGCCCUACCUCUUUCGAACAUAUGAGCAUCUCAAAUCACAAUCCAACUCUUGUGAAGAACUUAAUCCGGGCCGCCCUCACUAUAUCCCUAUAUGGCAAAUCGCUCGAGCAACAACUGCAGCACCGACAUACUUCAAACCAUCUCAAAUCAACAAAGAACGGUUUGUAGAUGGCGGAUAUGGCUAUAAUAACCCCACCUUGCGAGCAUUUUCGGAGGUCGAGCAAGUUCAUGGCGAAGGUACCACCGCCCUCAUACUUAGCAUCGGUACUGGUCGACCUACAAAAGUUGCGCCAAUAGCCAGGAAAGAUAGUGGACUAAUAAAUCGCUAUCGACAAAUGAUUAAAUACACCGCAGCUACAACUACCGACUCGGAGCCCAUCCAUGAACAUGUUAAGGGCCUGACCUCGGGUCGAUGUACUUAUGAGCGUCUCAAUGUCGACGGCGGGCUCGGUGAUAUAAAUCUUGGGGAGUGGCGUAUUCAUAAUAAGAAAAACAUGACGCUUGAAACGAUACGAGAACAAACACUUGCAUAUCUCGAUCAACCCGAGGUUAGUAUACGAAUGGAAAAAGUCGCUAAAAUGCUAGUGAAAAAUCGCCAAGAGAGGUCUAGGACUCCUAGAUGGGAUAUUGUGGCUACAGGUCAUAGAUACCACUGUCCUGAGGGAUGCGACAAAGAGAUGAUCUUUACAAGGGAAGAUGAUUUGAGAGCCCAUCUUUGUGGUGCUCAUGGGUUUUCUAGUACCCCUCGGGACUCGGAUGAGUGGAUUAGACUGGAGAAGGCGAUAAACACGGGGAGAAUCUUGCAUGCCGAUUAGAAUGUUGUAUCUGUUGUACCUGCAUUUCUUUACUUGCUUCUAUAUUUUGCAUUUUGUGGGAGACUUAUGAUUGGGUAAUAAUGCAAGGAAAUAUGUCAGGGCUUGGUCUGAGUGAUUUGGAGAAUAAGGUUGGCGUUGAUGUUUGUUUUAAGAUACCACGUUGUUUUUCUUUAUGAAGAGGCUCAAUUCUCUCAUGGUUGAUUAUAUUAUUUUGCCCAUUAUGGAUAUCUAUGUACCAAUUUAAAGAUGUGGAGGUCCAUAUAGACAGUAAAACCGUCCCAAUAA